AUGUCUACAACAUCUUCUCCCGUUCGGCCACGUCACUUAGAAGCCGUGUCAGCAUCUGCCAGGAACUGUGACCGCUUGUCCUCCUCAAAUUCCUUCAACUUGUCACACAUGCCACUGGCCCCUGAGUCCGAGCCAAUAUUUGACGCACCUUUUAUCAACGUUACUGUCAAAGCUGGGACGACAGCCAUCUUACCAUGCUCCGUCAAGCAUCUUGGUGCCCAUCAGGUUGUCUGGACGGACCAGUGGUCGACUUUGCUUACAUUUGAAGACAGAAGGAUCAUUGACGACGAGAGGAUCAGUGUUGAGAGGCCAUACACCAAAGACUGGAACCUGCAUAUCCGAGCUGUCAGGAGCACGGACAAGGGUGUUUACAACUGCCAAGUCAACACCAGCCCAGUCAAGAUUAAAACAGUCAACCUGUUUGUACAAGUCCCUGCGAAGAUAAUAGCCGAUUUAUCUUCAAGUGACGUCACAGCGCUUGAAGGAGAGACGUUGACGCUUGUAUGUAACGUGACAGGUGUUCCCUUGCCAACAGUCACGUGGUACCGACAUCCACUUGAGGACGAUGGCGUUAAGGAAAGAAUCGGUAUGGACGGUGAAGUCCUUGUCAUUUACAACGUCAGUCGCUACUGCAGCGACACCUACGAAUGUGUGGCAUUCAAUGAUGUCCCCCCAGCGGUGAACAGACAGAUAAAAGUAACCGUGCAGUUUCCACCUGAGGUCAGAUUGUCUACCAAACGCAUAGGACAGGAUGUUGGCAAGGAAACCAUCUUAGAAUGUGUUAUUUCCGCCAGCCCACAGGAGAUAAGCGUAUGGGUUCGAAAUGGGAAGGAACUAACCGACAGUGAAAAGUAUCGCAUUGAGAUAUACGAAGAUAAGGACCACACUAUUACUCUAAGUUUGAGGAUUAGAAAUAUCAACGCAUUUGAUUUUGGCCAAUAUACGUGUAUGGCAUCGAACAUACUGGGCAAGGACAAGGAAACAAUGCAGCUCUAUGAUUACUCGAUAUACAAGAAAACAACGACACAGUCUCCCUCGACAUCACCCCCUCCAUUGUAUACACCAUUUUCCCAUUACCCCAGAGCCACACAGAGGACCCCAGGACAUGGGGGUCGCACAGAGCUGCAGUUUGUUACCAUCAAACAGACGACGAAACACAUACCUGAAAACAAUGGUAAUUGUAUUGUUCAGUUGUAG